AUGAAGAUCUCGUCCAUUACAGUUUUCUCUGCCAUCCUUGCAGGUGCUCUCGCCCAGGGCGUGCCUGCUUCGGACCCCCGGCGUACCGACCUGAAGCCCAGGUAUUACUUUCCUCGGGUCGUGAAGAGAGAAGUUCUGGGUUUGAACUCGACGACUUCGUCGGACUCAACUUCAACUUCGACUUCGUCAGGGGGUGAAGAUGCCCUCUCCGACGCGUUCUCUGGAUUGAAUUCCAUCAUCUCAAGCGACUCGACGUCAAGCGUUCUGGCAAGUACCACGGCUGACUCUGCCACCACUGCACCGGGCCCUGCGAUCACUGGCACGGGACCGGUGUCGUUUCCUGCUUCCACCACGGACUCGUCCGACAGCACAGCCUCUGCGACGAGUUCUGACCCCACGAUCACAAGCUCCAGCAGUGCUUCGGGCAUAACCCUUGGACUCGGCUCCAUCAUCACCACGUCCACCGACUCGGCUACUGCAACGAGUACUGAUUCGACUCUCGAGUCUGCGUCGUCCAUUCUUUCGCUCGCGAGUUCUCUGGAAUCGGUGGCAUCUACCGCGGCCAGCUCAGACCAAGCAUCUAUCUCAUCGGCCUUGUCCUCUGCAGCAUCAGUAGCAUCUUCGAUUGCCUCUGAUAUCACAUCGACGGCAACCUCUGAUUCCUCCGACAGCUCGACAACUCCCACAGGUACACCCACAGACGGAGGAGUCAGCACAACGCCUUCGACUACGGCGACCGAUGGCCCAACAAUUGGCACUGGAUCAACCACCCCGACGACAACGCCGACGACAACUACAGACGGAGGAAUUUCAACAACCCCUACCACUCCCCCUCCAGACUCAACGACUCCUCCCCCCGACUCGUCAUCAACAACACCACCCCCAGACUCGACAACACCACCACCGACGGACAACAACAACUCCACAACUCCCAUCACCUCUACCCCGCCUCCUACGGACGUCUCCACGACACCGCUCCCAACAACUACUCCGUCUUCUGAGCCAGGAAAUUCCACCACGACUCCUGACGUGGUACCUACCACCACCCCAAGCGAGACGACUCCCACCGAGACUCCUACUCUCGCUCCGACGUCGACGCCCAUUGUCAAUACCACCAGUAUCCCUCCUUUGACCACGUCGGUACCCCUAACCAAUACGCUUAAACCCACAGGGACGGAUUCGGCCACCGCUCUGACACCCGAGUCGAGUAUCCUCUCGGCUACCUUCGUCACUCCAACCACCAAGUCCUCCUCGUCAAGUGCCGCGGUCAUCCCGACGUCCCUACCUGGUUUCAUUCAACCUCCAGGAGGAGCAAACACUGCACCGGCAAACACCACUCUGAUCCAAAUUGGUUUCGAUUAUGGCCUCAAUUACGCUUUUGUGGUGUCGUCGCAGACGGCAAUUCAGCAGAUAUUUUCUUAUCUCCCGCCUGGUCUUGGGCACGGCAUGGAUCAAGAUGCGAGCGAUGUGGUGAUGCAAUAUCUUCAACCAUACAACACGCUGGACAGCCUCGAUUAUAUUACCACAUUGGCAAUGGCUUAUAUCCCGUCAGACCAUGUGAACACGCUUUCGGUUAACCUCUUGAACCCGAACUCGGAGCUCUACAACAAUCCCAACCCGUCCAUCGCCACCUUGAUGAGCAUGAUCGAUUCGUCAAUCCCUCUCUUGCCUGGGUCUGCCAUGCAAAGUGGUGGUACGCCCAUCAAUUCCGCAAACGGUGCUGCUAGCACUACCGACAGCAACGGCUCCAACGGCGCUGCACCCGGGUCUUCUGAUAGCGGCGGCAGCGGUUCUGUGCGUCCCUCGUCGGUGGGAAUUGCAGUGGGAGCGGUCGCCGGUGCUGCCGUCUAUGGUGCGGCCAUGUUCCUGGUUGCCCGAAGAUACAAGAAGAAGAAGUCGGGACACCAGAGGUCGAGCAGCGUGCAGUCGGGCCAAGGUCGAGGUGGAGAACAAUCCAACCUGAUGGUUGCUGGCGGGCGUGGCAGCUACGGUACACGAUUCGGUGGUCGUACAUCUCAAAACAGUGACCGAAGCGGUUCCAACCGAAGUGGACGGACGUACAUCAGUCCGCCAGUCAUGGCCGAAAACAGUUUGGGUUGGAACUGA